AUGACGGAAAAUCGGAGUUCUCAACAACAACAACAAGUUCUAUUCAUGGAUGGAGAUGAGGUUGAUCCUCUCACGGGUUCUAACCAUUCAAUGACGAAUCAUACAGCAACAUACUAUCAAGUAGCGACUCCGAAAUCGCCACAUGAACUAUCGUCGCUAGCUGAAAACGAGGAUGACCCAGCCCAGGAUGCAGAACGGUUAAAGUUCGUCAAGGCAAAGAAGGAUAUUUUGGACCAGCUUAACUUGCAGAUAAUGCUAACGCAUAAGGAGAUGGAGCAUCUUAUCGAGGAGAACGAACAAGUGUCGGGUCAGUUGGAGGUUUUGAAGAUUUUACACGGGGAUUCGAAGCUUUCUGAGAAGGUUGAGGCGUUCCAGGAAAAACGUGCGAAAGAAGUGGAGGAGAGUAUCAGGUCUGGGUUAUCGAGACAGGGGUCUCGUCAGAGCCAGGAUGCGACAGGAAGUGGGUACUACUAUCAUACACGUAGCAAAAGCGGGUCUAAUGUCAGUGGACUACGGCUAGCGAAUGAUAAUGUUAUUGACAUACGGAUGCGUGGGGCUAAGACGCUACCGCAGCAGCAGUCUGAUACUUCCGUUUCCACAGGACACUCGACACCUGGAGUGACGCCACCUGGUAGCGCUGGCAGUGUACAGCCUGGUGUCAUCUCGAAGAUACCCUACCACAACCACCAGAGAAACUUUAGCAGUACAUGUGCGACAAGUAACAGUGGGGUUGUGGGCACUACGGAGGGAGGACAGCCGAUAUUCAGGAGACCCGAUGGCGUUCUUAUAAUUAUUACAUGCUCUGUGUGUAAGAGAGAAGGGUUCACGUCGGCGCAAGGUAUCGUGAACCACAUGAGACUAAAGCAUUUCCUUCACUACCAGUCGCAGCCGUUGGCUGUCCUAAGCAACCAGGUGCUGCUUCCAGAUGACAAACAGGACCCUGAGAUUCUAGCAAAGUUCAAGGAAAAAAACAAGUCCCCAACAGAUAGCUACCUUUCAUCUACGGUCCCUCUGCCGAACAACGAGAAGCGUCAGCACGGCAAAGAAACUGUGUCUUCAGUGUCGACAGGUUUUGAGUCAGCUAAUGGCUCCUCACAGGCAUCUACUGCGUCGUCAUCAUCAUCGUCAGAUACACUACAACAGUCCACUGCACACCUCCAGAAAUUGUACCCAAAAGAUGAUUUCAAAGAGAUAAUCAACUACGUCAAAGAGGCUAAAACCGACCUGGAAACGAUUAUGAAGUGUGAAGACGAAGAAGCAGCAGCAGCCGCAGCAGCCGUAGGAACCGCAGGCGCAGCUUCGGAAGAGGAAUCAAAACCAAGAAAAAGGUCACUAGCAAACGAAAGGGCAAGGCCUGCGGAGAAAAAGGCCAGACCAGACGUCAUUCACGUCACAGAGAACUAUAUCCCGGAAGAGGAUAAGAGAUCAAGACAUUACAAUUUAAGAGCAAAAUCAAAGCUCAGAUCCCACAAUAGAGACGACUAA